UUGAAUUUUUGUUUAUUAUUUCUGUUUCUUUAUAACGAUGUCCGUGAAAUGUUUAUCCAAAAUCGCAGUUUUGAAAACAAAUCAAGAAACCGACGACAAUUCAGUUACAAUUACUCAUAAUGGCAAACUCUACGAACCUCUUAUAACCUGGGACCCAACUUACACAGUUGAUAUUUCCAAACAUCGUGAUUUCUGUUUAGUCGCACUAAAAUGUGACGAUGCGGAGUACCUGACAAUAUUCCACGAUGGAACCCGGCAGCCGGGUAGAAACCGAGCAUCUCGAGUAAAGGUCCUCUCAAUAUGCUUUCCGUCCUUCCAAUCCAUUGCCCAAACGCGUGCUGUUGAAACUCCUGCUUCAAACAGGAAACGAACGACAAAAAUACACGAAGUUACAACUAAACUCUAUGGUCUACUCAGAACUGCCCAUCUGGCAGAGGCUUCGAACAAUACGGACAAAAAAGUUGGACUCGCCAGAAAUGAUCGUCUGCAGCCCAGACUUAGAAGCUACCAAGAAAAAACAAUAAAAUGGUUGCUUCGCCGAGAAUUGAAAUCAGAAAAGUUCCAAAAGUUUUAUGAAAAGUUAAUCUCAACCGAGGGAUGCGAAUACUAUGUAAAUUUGUUGACUCUUGAACUUAGUGUGGUGAAAGCAGAAGACUUUGACAUUCCUCUAGGGGGUAUUCUAGCUGAAGAGAUGGGUCUUGGGAAGACUGUGGAAAUCAUAUCUUUGAUACUCUUGAAUCCAAGGACUCUCAGUUCAAGGUCACACAGUGUGGAGCCAGCGAAAAAGAGAAUACGUCUUGAGGAAAGCCAAGAAAUUAAGUUUCAUUGUGUUUGUACCUCAACGAACCAGACUGACAUCGAACAAUGCACAAAUUGCUUCCUCUAUCAACACAAGCAAUGUAUUCGCUCUUACAUUGAUUUUCCCCUUUGCAAGGAGGAAGGUUACAUUUGCCCAAAAUGCUGGGAAAUGAAAGGCGUUGUAGUUCCCUCAUGUGCCACUGUUAUCGUCUCUCCGCAAACGAUUAAACUGCAGUGGCUGUCCGAAAUCAAUAAACACACAAAUCCACCCCUCAGGGUUUGCCUUUACGAGGGUGUUUCCAAGCAGAAGAUCAGUCCCAGGGAGCUUGCAAGCUACGACAUCGUUCUGACCGAUUAUACUUGCCUUCGAAGUGAAAUUCACUUUACUGCAGCAAACGAAACGAAGAUGAGUUUCCGAAGGCCUCGGCGAAAGUUGCGGGUGAAUUCACCAUUGCUGCUUGUCGAUUGGUGGCGUGUGUGUCUGGAUGAAGCCCAGAUGGAGUCUACAAAAUCAAAAGCUGCGUUGGUUGUCAAACAGUUGCCAGCAAUAAAUCGUUGGGCAGUGACAGGAACUCCUAUUCAAAGCUCUCUGGACGAUCUUAUGAGUCUCCUGGAUUUUAUUGGCUUUAAGGAGGCUGUUGAUACUUGGACGCAAUUAGCAGCUGAAUUUAAUGAUGAUCGAUGUGAGAAACUGAUAAGAACUCUGCAAAAGGUCAUGUGGCGAACAAGCAAGGCAGACGUCGACCAGGAACUCGGAAUACCACCUCAAAGCGAGAUUCUGCACUUUAUUGAAUUAAACAAUAUUGAGAAAUUGUUUUAUUCAGAUGAGCAUGCCGAUUGCUUAAAUGCAUUCUAUAACAAAAUCAAGGGUCAUUCGGAUCUCAAAGGAGUCGCUACCAAAGUUUUAAAUAAAAUAUUACAACCAAUGUUGAAGCUACGUCAAGAUUGCUCAAUUCCGGUGUUGUGUUUCAAAUCAUUUAAAUCAGAAACUGUUGUGAAAAAGUUUCUACAGCCUCAAGAACUUUUGGAUCAUAUGAAGACAACAAAUGAAACUGAAUGUAAAAAUCAGUUGCGAUCAAUGGCAUCAAUUUACAAUGGUAUGGCGGCUCUUAAAUUUCUCAAGGGGGACUACAAAGCUGCCAUCGAUUACUACGAACGUGUUCUGGAUCUUGCUAAAAAAUAUACCGAUCCCAUAAGUGUGGAUAGUCUUCUCCAAAUUCAUGCUCUUCAUAAUGCAAUUCAAGCCUAUCGUAUGAUCAAUUCCGAGGACACACCAAUCAUAACUGAAUAUGAAGAACAAUUCAAUGCCCUCGAAUGGAAGUAUCUAAAACCUUAUGCUUCGAAUCUUCAAGCUGCAGAAAUAGCCUAUGCGUCAUCAGUUGAAGCAUUGAAUGAAAAAAAUCUAACACUUUCAUGUAAAGUAUGGGAAAGUGUUUUAAAAGAAUUUAAAAAUAGAAAUCUUGAUGAACAAUUGGUUAUUAAAAUAAAUGAUGAAGUUUUUGUUUUACACAGCAGCAGUUUAUAUGAAAGAUUUCGAAUGAUCAAUACAGUUCUGAUGGUACUUGAAAUUUGGUACACAAAAAUCAUUAAAAUUCGAAAGGAUCUAUCAAAAAAAUUCCAAUCGUUUGAAUUCUUUCUUCAAAAUGUCCGUCCAAGGAUGUUUGUUCCGGUUGGUAAAUGGCGAAUGAUAAAUGAUUUUGUUAAAAGUGCAUACGACUGUCAUAUUCGAAAGAAAGAAAAUGGACAAGAAGUUAAGAAAACGAAAAAGAAAAUCCUCUGUCAAUUGUGUGAAGCAGAUAAAUUAAUGAAAAAUUAUGAGUGUUUGAUAUUUGAUAAGUGCAUUGAUGAGAAAACAAGUAUCGCUGAAGGAACAUGGAAUCCAACAAUGCAGGAAACUGUUGUGAAAAGUAUUUUGUCGGCUGUUAAACAGAACAUAAAUCUUAGAGGCUUUGUCAAAGAUUGCGAAUCCCAGCUUGAGGUCAUUGCUUUAAUGAAAACAGAGUACAAAGAACUUGUCAAACUUUGGAUUGAAAUAGAGUACACCGUUAAGGCGUAUGAUGAAUUGGCCAUGUGUAAGAUGAGAAUAUCGCUAGCGAAGGACGAUGAAGAGAAAACACAUUUUAACGUCUAUGAUUAUGAGAUCGAAGACGUUCUUGCUGAAUCCAAAAUAAAUUUUGAUGAUGCACAAAAAGAAUUUGUAGUCAAAUAUGCUCGCCUAAAAUACAUCCACCAUUUAGAAAAAGAUACUGAUCCAGGACCAUGUCCCAUAUGUCAUGCAGAAGAUCCAGCGAAGUACGUUGUCCUAGAAUGCGGUCAUCAUUUGUGUUUCUUUUGUCUUAAAACUAUAUCCCAGCUAAAUAACAAAACUAAUAAAUUAACUUGUUCGAUUUGUAGAUAUCAUCAAAAAUAUACAAAUGUUUAUUUUGUAACUCGUAAGCAAACAAACAAAGAUGGUAUCGAUAUUAAAGGAGACUAUUCAACCAAAAUUCAAACAAUUGUUCAAGAAGUCAUAAAACUUAAAAAUGAAGAUAAAAACGUAAAAAUUAUAAUAUUUUCUCAUUGGCAACAAAUAUUGAAAGUCAUCAGUGAAGCUCUAAACGAAAAUGGAAUUAGAUUAAUAAUAAAUAAUACACCACAAUGCGUCGAAAAAUUUAAGAAUGAAAUACUGGGUUUUACGUGUUUAUUAAUGUCGCUUAAAAAGAACUCACAAGGUCUUAAUCUGACUGAAGCCACUCAUGUGUUCCUGGUUGAGCCAUUGUUAAAUCCUGGCGAAGAACUUCAGGCUAUCGGUCGGAUACAUCGUAUUGGCCAGACUAAGCCAACAUUUGUUCAUCGAUUUGUUGUUAAAAAUACAAUUGAGGAAAACAUCUAUAAUUCCAUGACAAAAGACAAAUCAAACAAUUCCACGGAACUCACAAUUGAAAGCAUUAAAAAAUUAUUUGAAAUGCAUUCGUAUAACUAAAACAGUUAUUGUUUUUUUUUUUGUUUAUGAGAAAAAAUAUAAACAUUUUUUGUGUAUUUUUUCUCUAUUGAUUUAUUAUGCUUGAUUCGUGUAGUUUUUACAUUUAAUUUGUAUUUUUAUUCGAAAUAAUUUCUAUUAAAAGAAAUCGUCGCAUCGUUUAUUUAUUAAAAUAACAUUUAUGAAACCGA